AUGUCCAGAAUGAACUUAUUAAGUAGAAUACAGAUACCGGUAAAACCCUUAUUUUCUAGAUCACCAGGACAAAUUGUCACUAGACAAAUUCCAAAGAAUCAAUUUCUCAAGAGAUUUCAAUCGACCUUGAAAUCGGGCAAACCGACGCCACCUCCACAAGCGCCAAAUAAACCAAAGAGUCUUAAACAUUUAAUGAAAGAAUAUGGAUAUGCUGGUUUAGGAGUUUAUUUAGCAAUUUCGUUUAUUGAUUUACCAAUAUGUUAUGUUUUGGUUCACUCCAUGGGUAAAGAACAAAUCGAGUACUAUGAGAACAAAGUAAAACAAACUUUUGGUUACGGGGUUUCGGAUGAAGAAUUACAGAAGAAGCACGAGAUAAGUAAGAUAGAAGAAAUGAAUGAACAAAGUAAUUCUGAAGAAGUGAAUGAAAAUGGUAGUUUUUUCACGAUGCUUUUGUCACAGUUUUCAUGGACAGAAUUUGCAAUUGCAUACGGUAUCCACAAGUCAUUGAUUUUUAUUAGAUUGCCAAUCACUGCUGCCAUUACGCCUGGUAUUGUAAAGGGCUUGAGAAAUUGGGGAUUCAAAAUUGGAAGUGAUAAGUUAUCCACAACUGCUUCUAUCGCCAAAGGUACCAUCAAGGAUAUUACUGCGUCAAGCCAAAAAUUUGGCACCAGACCUAACGGUAAGAAGAAGUGGUUCAGUUGGUUUUUUUAG